AUGGCCGCCGUCACUCUCGUUGGUCCACCUGAGAUUUACUCUCUCAAAUCAAACCCUAAACCCACCCCCACUAACGACAGUUUCAUUGAUCAAAUGGUUGCCAACUUCAAUUCCAUAGGAUCUAACCGCCAGCCACCGACGGGGUUAACCGAGAACAUGUCACCAACGUUUCUCUCAACAGGUAACCCCUGUCUCGACUUUUUCUUCCAUGUUGUCCCCAACACUCCCUCACGCGAAGGCUUUUACGCCGCCACUCUCUGGUUUCACCAACAUCACCCUAAAACCCUAGCUUCUAAUGUUCCUUCCCUCGCUGACUUUGGUUACUUCAAAGAUCUCCCUGAGAUCCUUUACCGUCUUCUACAAGGUACUGCCAAAGACUCUUUGAUGACUGAAGAGAUGGUGCCCAGAGCUAAGGCUGAGAAAGAAGCCGCUCACACUUUGAAGGAGGACAAGAGGAUUGCAUUGGCUAAGAAGCUUCUCCAACGUGUAGAGGAUGUUCAUUAUGCUUAUAGGGUUCGUGAUCGCUUGAGGAAGGAUGUGUUGGUGCCCUUGAGGAAGGUCUUGGAGUUGCCUGAGGUCUUUAUUGGGGCGAAUCAAUGGGGUUUGAUUCCUUACAAUAGGGUUGCUUCUGUGGCCAUGAAGUUUUAUAAGGAGAAGUUUUUGAAGCAUGAUAAGGAGAGGUUUGAGAAGUACUUGGAGGAUGUGAAAGCUGGGAAGACUACUAUUGCAGCGGGUGCUUUGCUUCCCCACGAAAUUAUAGAAUCUUUGGAGGAUGGAGAUGGUGGAGAAGUGGCAGAGCUGCAGUGGAAGAGAAUAGUUGAUGAUUUGCUCAAGAAACGAAAGAUGAGUAAUUGUAUUGCUGUGUGUGAUGUGUCUGGGAGGAAGGUUAUUACUUUCAGUGCCAAGCCUCAGCUUCAUUUGAUUCAGGGGGAUAGUCUCAAGUCCAAAACAGAAUUUGUGAGGAACAUGCAUUGGGGGAUGAACACUGAUUUCCAGAAGGUUUUUGAUCGCAUAUUGGACGUCGCAGUAAAUGGGAAACUCAAGGAGGAACAGAUGAUUAAGAGGAUAUUUGUAUUCAGUGACAUGGAGUUUGAUCAAGCAUCUAAAAACUCUUGGGAGACUGAUUACCAAGCAAUCACUAGGAAGUAUAAAAAGAAAGGGUACGGUUCUUGUGUGCCUCAGAUAGUUUUUUGGAAUCUGAGAGACUCGAAGGCAACCCCGAUGCCAGCCACUCAGAAAGGAGUGGCACUGGUGAGUGGGUUUUCUAAGAAUCUGCUGACGUUGUUCUUGGAUAAUGAAGGUGAUAUAAGCCCAGUAGAAGCCAUGGAAGCUGCCAUUGCUGGCCCUGUGUAUCAGAAACUAGUUGUGCUGGAUUAG